CAUUCAUCACUCCCUAAAAGCCGGCUCAGGCUGCAUAUUGCCCUCAGAAGCCUCACAAAUCCAGCCCUGAUUGUGUUGAACAAAUCCUGCGCCCUCUGACUCUUACUCUUAUUCUUUAUCUAUAUUCCGUCUCUGCCGCCUUUGUCCACAUCUUCCGUGCCUGCCUCUGUUUGCGCAACUUUGUUCACUCUCCGCCGCUCUCAGUCUCAGGCAGUAUCGCGUCUAAGCCACAGUCUGGUUUACGAGGCAUCUCUUUCAAUAUGUCGGACCAUGAGUUUGGAGGAAGCAACGAUGACUUGUCACUGCCCAAAGCCACCGUUCAGAAGAUUGUAAGCGAAAUAUUGCCGCCGCAGACGGGUGUCUCUUUCGCAAAAGAGGCCCGUGACCUGCUCAUAGAAUGCUGCGUCGAAUUCAUCACCCUCAUUUCUUCAGAAGCCAAUGAAAUCUCGGAGAAGGAGGCCAAGAAGACGAUUGCGUGUGAUCACAUUACAAAGGCACUAGAACGCCUUGGCUUUUCGGAUUACGUGCCUGCUGUUCUAGAAGCCGCAGCAGAACACAAGGAAGUUCAAAAGGGGCGAGAGAAGAAGGCAGACAAAUUUGCCAAUAGUGGUAUGUCUAUGGAAGAGCUCGCUCGGUUGCAGGAAGAGCAGUUUGCCGCGGCCAGGCAACGUCACAUAUGAUGGGAUUUUGUUAUGGUGAUGUGAUAUCCGGAGAGAGGGCGUCAAGGUGGGCAUCGCUAGGCGUUUUAUUUUAUAAACGGUGAUGAGGGUUGGUAGACAGGUCAGAUUCUGAUUUGGGCCUUUUGUUUCCGGGAGUUGGUUUCGUCAAUAUUUCUUUAAUCUAUUCGUCCUCGGAGGCAUACUCGUGAAUCUAUUAAAUACAUGUACUUUCAAG